AGAAGUGUUUUAAAGAUUUGAUGAAUUGAACACGAGCAUGAACAUUGAUGCAAGAUUAGAUUUUUAAGCAUGUAAAAAUAAUAUGCGUGCUGCUCGUCUUCUGGCGACGUCAUCCCUGUGGUCUCUCCUCUUGCCUUCGGCGUGGGGGCUUAGGAUUAGGUGUUGACGUUGCUUCUUUUGCUUAGUUGCCGACUUUGUUGUCGAGAUUGCCCGUCUGGCGACGUACCUUUUUUAUCGAGCGAACCUGCCGCAACUGCAGCUGGUGUCGUCGAAACGUCAAAGGGGCAGCAUCAACGUCACCUGAUUCGCCUAGCGGUCUAUAGGCGGUUGCAGUUGACAGGAGGAAACCUACAACCGGCACAUUUAGCAGCUAAAAAGCGUCGCUAUUAAGUCAUCUUCGAGACAAGUGACGAGUAUAACGAGUAUACGGAACAAUCCAAACUGCGAAGAUGAUGGACGAUACAGCGGAGCAAGAAUACGCUACGCGUAACUUGGUCCUAUCAGUAUGCGAUCUGAAACAAAAUGGCGAAUGUCCGCCAGAACGGGUGCUGGGCCAGUCGGUUACGGUGGGAACAAGGAUGUACUAAUCUAAUAAUUGAAGGCUGCUAGAUAGACGGAAUAGCGUGGAGUAGGUGCUGGUUGAUGUGUUGCUUGUUACAGAACAAUAGUUAAGGGUUACCGCAUUGCAUUCUAGUGAAUCACUACCAUCCUUGAUUUUUUUUCCAGUAGGAAAAGGGUCAGGGAUGUAGGGCGAAGUAGGUGUAAAUUCUACCAAGACUCUUUAGAGUGAGAUAGAUGACUAAUACCAUCCUGCCGACAUCGCAUUUGAUUUUCUUUCAGGUAUCUUCACGGUGGGUGCACACAGAGGAGAGUUUUUGAUGAGGUCUAUUUGUUAGAGCUCGAACAGAUGAAGUGGUCCGAGCUCCCAGCGACGGGGACAAAACCAAGUAUAAUUGAGGCAGAAAAAUAAGUAAGAGGAUAAGAUGGAAGAACGAUCAUGAGGAUCUCGGAAUUAUUGGAUAUUGGGCUGGUGAGAUAGUCAAGAUAUAUCUUCUUGAAUCGUUUUCGUUUUUGUUGUUUUAAAUAGGAAGAUUUAUGAACGAUAAGAAAGUGGCUUACAUUUCUGAAACCCCUCAACAUGUACAUGAUUUUCAAUCAUGUCUCGCACUAAAACUUCCAUCACAAACAAGUUUUCAUGAUCAACCACCAAAACCUCAUGUCGCAGGUGGUCGUUACGGACACUCUGUAGUACAUCAUAACAACCAUUUGAUUUGCUUCGGUGGACUAUGUAGUAAUGACAAAGGCGGACAGGACCUUUUGGCGGAUGGAGGCGGCGAAGGGAGUGCAGAUCUCGGAAUUAUAGCUGGCGGACUCCCGAAAGGAAAGGGAGAUAGUACUUCUAAGGUUUUUUCACGAAGAUUUUCCUCUCAGAUAAUCGACGAUACGAUUAGCACUAUGAUAAUGAAGGAGAUGAACUGGUAGCAUGAUCAUAAUCUUUGUAUUCUUGAAAGUUUCAUUCAACCGUCACUAUGUGUGCCGAAUUGAUUUUACAACAGGUGGCUGCGUUUACACUAUGGAAACGCAGACGUUGAUUUGGACGCGGUACUCUGGGGAUCCUGGGAAUGCUAGAUAUUGUCACUCGUGUUCAAUAGUGGAGAAUCAAAUGGUGGUAUUUGGUGGUUUAUCAGCCGCCGGGAGCAAGCCAUUGAACGACGUGCUACUCUUCGAUCUAGAUAGCAAAGAAUGGACGCCAAAGUCAGCCUCGGGAUCAGUUCCAUCGCCAAGGUACGGCCACAAAAGCAUCGGCGUUGGAGCGGAGGUAAGCACAAACUAGGAGAUAUCUUGUUCGACUGGAUCGGUUUUGUCCGUACCCGCUUUCACCUUCCUCAAAAUGGUCGCAAGUUCGUCGGCUGCGAAACCCGCCGCCGAAACGCGCGCUGCGCAGGCGGGUCCGCCCGGGGGGGUCGGUGCGCCAAAAAGCUACCAGCUGCUUAAAAAAAGUCCCCCGGGAACUUCGUGAAGGGGUUCGCCUUCGACUUGAAGGAAGAGGAGCAGAAGCCCAGCGCCCAAACAGGUGGCGGCCGUGACUGUUGGGAGAAACAGAAACUGUUGGGCAGAGCUGCAGAAGCCGCGGCAGCAACCAACGCUCGCCACUAUCCAGCAAGGGCUGAAGAUAGCAGCUCCAGGCGCGGGCAAACUAGAAGUCUUUGACAAGCGUGACCCCGAUGGCGCGGGCGGGGGCUACUACAGUAUGGGCAGGACUGUCGAGCCAGUCACAAGCGGGGUGGAUUAUAUAUAGAUCGCAGCUCUUCUCAAUUUCUGUAGAGUAGGGGGAGACCUUUGGGCAAAGGCUGGGCCUGCCCGUGGGCGCUUCGCCCGCCCCUGCAUUCGCUAGCCUGGCAAUCUGUCUGAUGGAGGUCGUGUCUCUUGCUAAAGCGGUAGGCUUACGCUGCCGCAAGCUUCAGGCGCUGCGAUACGUUGGCGGCCACUAGCUUGCGAAGCAAACCCGAGAGAGAUCGCUCUUUGGUUUCCGGGAGCUUGGAAGGCUGACGACGGGGAGACUGCUGCGGCGCUGCAAGAUGCAAAGGCAGGGAAUUAGUUUGGUUAUGAUCACGCGGGCUGUCGCCUCCUUUUUGGUCUGAAUGGGUAGCCCGUCUCGUGACUCCGGGCGCCCUUCGGAUGCAUCGCAACCGGGCAGGAACGUACUGGGAAAUACGCGGGACCCGCAAACGAUUGGCGGGGGCGGCUUGAUGACAGGGGUGGGCUUUUGGGAUGUUGACACCUAUCAGUAUGCGCUGCGAUGAGUGCCCGGCCACAUUUGGAACGCACAAAAGCGGCGGAACGUUUCGCCGAUCAUAUUCGGCGCCGGGCUAUAGCUAGAAAGUGACCGAGCUAGCUUUCUCCACUCUAUAGCUAGAGAGUGCGACUCGAAAGCUACAUGGUGCCAAUUUAUAACUAGAUAGCGUCACUCUAUAGCUACGCAUCCUGGUCCCGGGCGUGUCUGGCAACUGAUCCCGGACGAAACACCUAGCACGGGACUCGACGGCUUAGACGAGUAGUCUGUCGCUUUCAAUGGUGAGAAGGCGCCGCUUCUUGUGAGUUGCUGGCUCUGGGCGUGUAUUGCGUCACGGUAGUGGGGAGCUAUCUGCUGAAGGGACUCCUUGCCACGGGCUCGCACGGGUGACGCUGCUGAAAGUGGAGGGCUUCGCCCUUUCGGCUAUUACGUGAAAGCCGCCGAAGGUCAUAGGCAUCACUGGGGCAGAUAUAAACCGAGGGCGCGAGACGAAGCGCAGGCCUGGCUUGUUUGGUCGUGUCGCGGAUAAGAGGAGGCAGAUGCGCGAGAGCUUUCGCCAGUGGUGGAGUGUGGUAGGCGUGGCGCGCCUGUGUUUCUUGUUAUUGGGCUGGGGGUGGGCUGAUGGCAUGGGUCUGAGAUCGUCGCCUGAUGGGGUAGAUCGGUCCCAGGGAUGUAAGUCAGUCGGUAGCGCUCUGAUUCUGGAAGUUGGCUCCUGCAGCUGAAUCAGCGGCGCGCUGUGAUGAUUAGCAGGCGCGCAGUGUCAAGCCUCUAGCCUGUGCAAAGCAGUCGGCGCGGGGGUGAUGGACGCGCUUGGCGCUGUCUUGUUCUUCUCGUUCUUUAUGUCUGCGGCAUUUCUCGAUGAACGGCCGGCGCUUAUCAAGCAAGGCGCAACUUCGGGGGAGAUCUUCAAAAGCGCAAAGGCCUCAGUCUAUAGGGCUGGCGACGCUUGUAAGGAGUACCUGUUGACAGAGCAAACGCUCACGAAUAGGAAGCGGCCUGAAGGCUUCAGAGAUGACGUCGACAGCACUGGGCUGAAGCUUUUGGCGGGUCUUAGUUAUAGAGGGGCAGGCUUCUUAUCAGCGUCGCCGGCCUCGGAGAUGACCGACUGGGCCGGCGCGGCUGGGCUUUGGGGGGCUUUGUCUUUCUGGAUCAUUUGGGAACAACCACCCACCGGGCCCGCCCCGGUUUUGUUUCCCUUUGGUUGCGAACUUGUGGAGGACUUUAGACAGCCGCCGCAGCCAACCGCAUUCAUACACGGCGCACCCGGGACGAGCUUGCCUGGCUGGCGUUUCUCUGCGGGGUCGCAGUGGGUCAGCGCCGUCAGGCCUUUCUUGUCAGCGGCGUCGUCGUCGGCCUCGUCUCUUCGGGUGUCUCGCGUGCUCUUCGUUCUGCGUGUGGCUCCUUGUUUGCUUUUCUCGUGUCGUUUUUACCUUUCUGCUUGAAGGAUCUGGGGCGGCUUUUUGUCUCCACUUUUUCGGCUUCUUUCGACUCUGUCCCACUGGGCCUGGCCCGCAGGAGCGUAGGCGGCUUGGUUCGUUGGUUCGUUUGGGUUGGCAGUGGUUGAAAUUUUGAAUCUUUGAACGUAGUGAACGCGACUGAGCCACAAAAGCAGCACUGACUGGCGAGCGAUGGACAGCGUGUGGCCUUCGAUCGUUGGCUACGCAAAAGCCUCGCGCACUUCUAGCGCGGCACCCCCUUCAGGGGUUGGGGUCGUCAGUGGGUGCCUGUGCCCAUAUUUUUUUCGCAUUCAUCGCUUUUUUUUUUCGAUAGUGGCCCAACUAUCAGUCACCGACUGGAGCGGAGGGCCUUGUCGUGAGCGUGGUGCGCGUGCGCUCGAGUUCAAGUGAAGCGAGAUCGGUAUUGUUUUUCUCAUUGUCGCUCAUCCUCGCACUUCCCGUCCGCACAGGUCGUCGUCUUCGGCGGGGUCUUCGAGGACAGUAACUUGUGGGCGCUCAACCUUCAGUCCAUGGUUUGGAGUCAGAUACCGACACAAGGCACGAGUCCGCUUCCAAGACGUUUCCAUAGUUUCGAUCUAAUAGGCCAGCGAGGCUUCGUUUUCGGCGGAAGGACGGAAACAGGGCUUACGGACCUCUACAUCCUGGACUGGCAGGUAUUGGCUUUACCGUUUGAACGUGAAGAACAAGAAACGGAAAGUGCUUUCGCGAACUAGGACUUCCAUAAGAUUUGCUUGGACAAGUUCCUUUCACAAGAUCAAGAAAAGAUAGCAAGAUCAAGUAACUAAUAUAUCGGUACCACGUGAUUGAAUUCAAUUACAGGAAAAGCGCUGGAAGCGUCCCCUCUAUGAAGGGCAGACGAAUGUGCGAGGACACGCCGCCGCCACUCUGCACGAUAAGUUGUUGGUUUUCGGAGGCGUGAGGGACAAGAAAGAUGCUCGGGAAGUAGUAAUAGUUAAGGGUAGUUACAACCGAAUUACAUCCCGCUCUACUCCCAUCCCUGACUCUUUUCCCACUAAGAAAGAAGUCAGGGAUCAUGUUCUGAGAAAUUGAGGAAUGUAAUUCUGUAUGUAACCUUUAAAAUAGAGGAGAAAAUUAGUAAGAAGCUUUUCUUCCUGAACGUCUUAGCAAUCAAGGAGGGGGUGAACGAAGGCGACUUCAAGUUCAAACUCGUCACAGUUGGCGAUUCUGGAGUUGGCAAGAGCUGUUAUGGCUGAUAACUAUGUAUGAUGUAUGAUUUUGAUUCGUGUGCAUGUCUUCUAGAGGGCAGAGAACGUUGUUUUCCAGAAUCCUUUUACUUGAUGAAACUGAGUAUAAUUCUUUUGCAAGUAAUGAAUAUGCAGAUGAACUUAAACCUCGAAAGGAUGAACAAUUAAUACGCUGGUCAAUCUCUGCUCUAAUUCUCUCUCUUAACGAGAUUCGUGCAAGAUUAUUACGCCGACUUCCACGUGAGCACGAUCGGCGUAGACUUUAAGACCGUAGUGACCAUGGUGAAGUUAAGGCUCCCCCGAAUCUAUUUUAUUCAGACGCAUCUUGCAGCUGGUUUCCCAUAGACAUAGACGAGAAAAGUAGCGUCAAGAUGAGUCCGCCACCAUGGAUUAGAUUGGGGUGAGCUCUAAUGAAAGGCAAACUAGUCAAACUACAGCUCUGGGAUACAGCAGGACAAGAAAGGUUUUCAGUAGUUACGGGAAAUUACUACAGGAAUAGUGACGGGUUCAUCUUCGUGUAUGACGCGACGAAUAGGACGAGCUUCGAACACGUUGAUCAGUGGAUGGAACAGGUAUUAAGGGAUUUUUUUGACUUAGUUUUUCUUUUUGCCACUUGCUAGAUUUUGACUACUGCAAUUGCAUAGAAGGACGACAUCUCGUGAUGCAAAUCCAACUACUUGAUGCAGUCCUCUCGAAUUGGUGCGGGUUCCACUGCGUGUCUACUCAGACUUCUUCUACUCACCCUCUUCAGGUCCAACAGCACCACGACUGUGGUCCCAGCACUAUGAAGAUUCUUGUCGGAAACAAGCACGAUCUAAAAGACAGGAUACAAGUCCCGGAAGCUGAGGGUAUGGCCAAGGCUAGCAAGAUGGGAGCCAUUUUUAUGUGCACUAGCGCCAAAACGGCAGCCAAUGUCGAUAUGGCGUUCUUGUCGGCAGCGACAAAUCUAGUCGAGAUGCGAAAAGCGAGAGCGGCGACAGCAGCGCCUGGAACAGGCAGUGGCAGCAUAGGAUUGUCCUCAGCAAACACGACUGCACCUGGCAGCUCAAGCAAAUGCAACUGCAAAUAGUUGCGAUCUUCCGUGUUGGAUGAUGUCAUAAGGUUAACAUGGCAUUCGUGUGUAUUUUCAAUUUUGCGAAUCCGACAAGAGGAAAACCUCUCCUCCCGAGUUGAUCAACAUGUGGGAGAGGUGAACCACAUGCUGUCCACGCAGUGAAUUCUUUUUUGUCAUGAUUUCGAUUCCUUAUGUCCAAAUUAUAUGAAAGAUCUGAAAAUACAACCAUCCCUAUCCAUGAAUUGAAAUGUUUUAGCUACAACAAGAUGAAUAGCAACCGGAUGAUUUUUAUUUGAACUCAAUUCAGAUCGUCGGUGAGCAUCAAAAAGAAACAAAGAAACCAAGGAUGGAGCCAUUGUUUGUUUAUGAACAUGCGGUUAGGAGACAAGCGCAAUAAACCGAC